GAGUGACGAAGCCUCCCUCUUUUACCUUCGCCUCAGGCAGCUCUGCACCCUGAAGAAGAUGGCCCAGCUCGGUAACAGAGGGAACAAGAAAAAGGAAGACGAGGUCCAUUAAGGCGUUUUUCCACUUUUCCGUCCACAUAAUUUGAAAACACUGCCCUGCCCGCCCGCCAACAACCAGCUCCGUCCUCUUAAAUGCAAGCAAAUAAAACCAAAACGACGUAAUAGGUUUGAGUGGUGGCUUGUGCACAUACCCCUAUGACACAACGCUAGGCAACUCAUUAACAUCCCACCCACCCGUCAUCUUUCGCUUAAAUCCCCGCAAGGGCCCAGCUCCUAAGGCAUCGAUCCCUUCCCCAGGGACGCCUUAUUGACUUUAUAUAACCGGGAAGCGAGCGUCGCACCCGGGGAGAACCGCGUCCCUUCCACCUCCUCCCGCAGGAAGACCGAGGCGGGGAAAGGCGGGCUGCAGCUCCUCCCAGGCGCCGGAAACCAAGCGCGUCUUUACUUUGCCCCGGAGGGCGCUUGGCCUCUGCUGCCUCGCCAGGUCCAGCUUGCUUCCAUCUGAGGGCGAGACUUCAUCUCGGGCCCCUCUCCAUUUUCGCCCGCGCAGGGCUCGGUCUCUCUCCCCCGGAGCAGCUGCGCAAACAACACAAAAAAGCAGGCGAGCUAGCCAUGGCGGCGGCAGCUUUUUCCCCUCAGCGAGCCCUCUCCCUUUCCCAGCCUCUCCGCGUUAUGUUUUACGCCCUCACGCCCAACGAGAGCUCCUUCCGCAGCGUCGAGGAGGCGCCCGAUUAUGUGGACCAGGCAACUCCUUUGUUCAUUACCUUGAUUCUUCUGGAGUUUGUUAUUAAGUGGGCCCAGAAGGGACAUUCAUCAGCUCGGGUCAAUGAUAGCAUAGCGUGCCUUUCUGCAGGUGUCCUGUCUCGACUCCCAGACAUUCAUUUCAAACUAGUAAGGUUGACAACAUACAUUUACACAUGGGAAAGGUACAGACUUCUGGAGCUGCUGUGGGACUCACCAUGGACAUGGUACUUGACAUUCCUUGGCGUAGACUUUGGAUACUACUGGUUUCACCGCAUGGCACAUGAGAUUAAUUUAUUGUGGGCAGCACACCAGGCUCAUCACAGUUCUGAGGAUUAUAAUUUAUUCACAGCAUUACGGCAAUCUCUAUUUCAGAAGUACACAUCUUGGAUAUUCUAUUUGCCUAUGGGUCUCUUUAUUCCACCUUCAGUGUAUGCUGUUCAUCUGCAAUUUAAUUUACUUUAUCAGUUCUGGAUACACACAGAGGUUAUUAACAACCUUGGCCCGUUGGAGUUUCUUCUGAACACUCCUAGCCAUCACAGAGUUCAUCACGGGAGAAAUCAAUAUUGCAUCGACAAAAACUAUGGUGGCACACUGAUCAUCUGGGACAGAAUUUUUGGGACGUUUGUGGCAGAAGAAGAUAAAGUUGUUUAUGGUCUAACACAUCCAAUAAACACUUUUGAACCUUUCAAGAUCCAGUUUCAUCAUUUGGUUUACAUGUGGAAAACAUUUUGGGCUACACCUGGAUUCAGAAAUAAGCUUUCUGUCAUACUGAAAGGUCCUGGAUGGGGGCCUGGUAAACCAAGAUUAGGCCUUCUUGAGGACAUUCCAGAGGUUACAGGGAAGGAGGUUCCCUUCAAUCCCAAGUUGCCAAAUCAUCUUUGUGUCUAUGCAGUAGUUCAUUUUGUCAUCAUGCUGGGUUUUUAUAUUGACCUGUUUGCAUCCAAAUCUACGUUAUCACAGGUAACUGUUCUCAUGAGAGUUGGCUACAUUAUCCUGACACUGACCUCCAUAGGUUUCCUCAUGGAGCAAAGGUAG